AUGAUCGCCGCUCAGGCCAAGCUGGUGUACCAGCUCAAUAAGUACUACACAGAGCGAUGUCAGGCGCGCAAGGCUGCAAUCGCCAAGACCAUCCGCGAGGUUUGUAAAGUGGUCUCGGAUGUGCUUAAAGAAGUGGAGGUGCAAGAGCCUCGCUUCAUCAGCUCCCUCAGUGAGAUCGAUGCCCGCUAUGAAGGGCUGGAAGUCAUCUCUCCCACCGAGUUCGAGGUGGUGCUCUACCUCAACCAGAUGGGCGUUUUCAACUUCGUGGACGAUGGCUCGCUGCCUGGCUGCGCAGUGCUCAAGCUGAGCGAUGGUCGUAAGCGAAGCAUGUCUCUCUGGGUGGAGUUCAUCACCGCAUCAGGCUACCUCUCGGCGCGCAAGAUCCGCUCGCGCUUCCAGACACUGGUGGCGCAGGCAGUAGACAAGUGCAGCUAUCGAGACGUGGUGAAAAUGAUCGCGGACACUAGCGAGGUGAAGUUGCGCAUCCGGGAGCGUUAUGUGGUGCAAAUCACGCCGGCGUUCAAGUGCACCGGGAUCUGGCCCCGCAGCGCUGCCCAAUGGCCUAUGCCCCACAUCCCUUGGCCUGGCCCCAACCGGGUGGCAGAGGUCAAGGCCGAAGGGUUCAACUUGCUCUCUAAGGAGUGCUACUCCUUGACAGGCAAGCAGAGUUCGGCGGAGAGUGAUGCCUGGGUGCUUCAGUUCGGAGAGGCCGAGAACCGACUGUUGAUGGGCGGCUGCCGGAACAAGUGCUUAUCAGUGCUGAAGACUCUUCGGGACCGUCACCUGGAGCUGCCAGGCCAGCCGCUCAACAACUAUCACAUGAAAACCCUGCUGCUGUAUGAGUGCGAGAAACACCCUCGGGAAACUGACUGGGACGAAGCGUGCCUAGGAGACCGGCUCAACGGUAUCCUGCUGCAGCUCAUCUCUUGUCUGCAGUGUCGGCGAUGCCCCCAUUAUUUUUUGCCCAACCUCGACCUAUUUCAGGGCAAGCCUCAUUCGGCCCUGGAGAGCGCAGCCAAACAGACGUGGAGAUUGGCCAGAGAGAUUCUCACCAAUCCCAAAAGCCUGGACAAAUUAUAGGGCAGUGGAGACUACUUGGAAAAACAACAACAACAAACUCCCACCAAGCUUCGGAAAAACAAAAACUCCAAAACAAAAUUUUA